CUCAGCGCUGCAGGGGUGACGCCCGGGGUCCCAGCUUAUUUUUUUGUUUUCUCGAUUUUUUCGCGUUAGAAUCAAUUUUUCUCCCACAAAUUCCGUAGUUGAUACCUUUCUAGUUCAACAGUUGUUGUAUUAUUGGAAAACUGUGUCCAAAAACACCCCCUUUCGUGAAAGACCAAAGUCCUGCUUGUAGCAACUUGCCUGGAAAAAAAAUCUGCAAAAUGGCGACAAUAGCUGGGACCAGAACUGUGAGCCCGGUAGUCGGGAACAGACAACCGCUGGGCGAACUGGACGCGCCCGUUAGCGAGAUGAGGCACCACUCACUGCAAAAUAUAGACAACAGUUGGGGCGACGGUUGGUACGAUGGUGACACGGAGUCUGAGACGGAGGUGGAGGGAUCCCCCAGGAUGACCAGCUCCCCGCGGCUGCCUGUCACACUGGACAGGCCGGUCUGGGCGGGAGGGAGACCCAGGCCAGUCAUGGACACCCUCAGGCACAUCACCACCAAACUCAACAACACCGCCGUGACAUCGCCAACCAGCAAACACAGGGCAAACGAAGAAUCAUCUCCAGAGUUCCACAUGUUCUUUCAAACUCCAGACAGGAGCCAGGAGGACACAAUAAGAAGAAAACGACUCCAAAUGACCCCUCUGGACAUCAUGACAACUGACGGUGAUCAGGAGAACAAUAAUAGACUAGGUCCCCAGCCACCAAAGCGAACCCGGGUGCAAAGAGUGCCCCAGCCAGCCCACCUGUCAGCCAGGCUAACAGCCCUCAGUAAGGCCCAACUGGUGGAGCUGCUCAGUACAGUCAUCUAUGAGAGACACCCACAGCUGGAACAGGAGGUUCAAUCGAUGUUUCCUGAACCAGACCUAUCGAGCCAUGAAGACCACCUGAGUUCGCUGGUCCGUGCUGUGUACAAGUCCUUCCCUCGCAGCAGACUGGGGACGGCCAGGGACGUACACAUCUACAGGAAAGUCUCCAGACACCUGGAUCACUUCAGGAGAGAGUGCCUGAACCAGGGCAAGGCGUUGCAGUUUUCCCAGGAGUGGGGUGCGUGUAUAGACUACACCCUGAGAGCGUGGCGCUGUGUGUCUGACCUGCCCACCUUCGACUGCCCCUCCCACAACGCUGCCAAGCAGCAGUGCUACAGCGGUCUGGCCAAACAGUGUAAGAAGGCCCUGAGUCAAAGCUACCUGGAGAAGGAGAGAUACAACCAGUUCAGGCCAAGGUUUGUGAAGGCGUGUCAGCUGAGCCCGCAGAUGGAACCCUGCCUCAGACUGCUGGAUGACAUCAUCAGGGACUUACCUUGAUACACACUGCUUCACCCAGCUCCAGUCAACUUGCCAUUCCAGUUUCAUCAGUCAAACUUUCACCCUCUUCCAGUUCAUCAAGAAAUAAAUUUGGAUUUCAUGAUUUCCAGUUGCGAUUAACUGAGAAGGACUUCGAAUCUGGAAGAGGCCCAGGAAUUUCCUAUCUUGGAAGUGUUUCAGCAACCUUUUUCCAAGAUCAGCAAAUUAUAAAAUUCAGUAAAGAAUGUAAAACUCGCUACUACAGUGACAGAGAACGCUGUUGUAUAGUGUCACUACACAUUCAAGUAUUGUAUUGACAAAGUAGCCAAAAGUUAGAGUUUUAGUUGAUUCAGUGUGUGACAGCAAACGGUUGCAUUAAAGCACAUGAUGCCACAUGGACAUACCAUGUAAUGGUAGACUUAUAGGUCCUGUUCUGGUUUAUAGGAAACAAUGUUAGUAUGGUAGCCCUGCAGUAGAAUAUGAAAUGUCACAUGAUUUGGGCAUGCUAUGAACAAAAAGGACCAAAACUUUGUGCAUUAAGAAGCACAGCCUAUCAUUAUAAACAUAUCAGAUUUGUUUGAAAUCCUACAACUUUGAAUUAUGUUUUUCACAACAGAAAAUCUAUCUAAAAUUUAUAUGAUGUAGUUUUCAAUAUUGAUAAAAAGCAGCCCAAAAAAUAGUUGAAUUAGCACACAAACAUUUCUUGUUCCAUGAAUUUGUUGGGCUCCAUGCCAGUACCUAUUUUAGAUGGAUUUUAUGUGAUUAUUUGCAAUUUUGGAUGAAUUUUAGACUGAUUAGAACUGAUAUUGUUCUAUUUUUGUCUGAUAUGAAGGCAACGUGGAUUGUACUUCUGACAUUCCCGCACAGAAUAAUGUGAUUGAUUGAGUGAAGACAUUUAUUGAAUGAUUUCUUUCUUGAGAAGUAGAAUGUAUGUGUUAGGGCAUUGUUGUCCUGCAUGUUUGUUAGUUUGAACAUGUGUCAAACAUAGGAAAAUUGAAUAAAUAGUACAGAUGAAACUCAACAGUUUUUUAAAAGUGAUUGCUGCAAAUUGCAUUAAAAGUCAAUGGACAACA